AUGUCCGCCCACGGCAGCUCCAACACCGGCUCGAAGCAGGGCACCGGCACCGCCUCGGCCACCACGACCCCCGCCAACGCCGGUCUUGGCGAGGACAAGCCCAAGUUGUUCGAUGCCCAGGGCGCAAUCGGCAAACAGUUCACCGAGACAGGCGCGAUCGGAAGCGUGGGAGAGAAGGUCGGCGGCCCCCUGGCCAGUGACGGCGCGAUCGGCAAACAGUUCACGGCUGCGGGCAGCGUCGGCGGCUCCGUGCAGUCGGCACUUGGUGGCGAGAAGGGUCGGAGCAAUUAG